AGCCAGAGCUCGGAGCUGGUGCUCCAUGAGCAGCUCCAUGAUGGGGAGAAGCCCCACACGUGCAAGGAGUGUGGGAAGAACUUCAGGUGGAACAGCGACCUGAUUGUGCACCAGAGGACCCACACUGGGGAGAAGCCCUACGAGUGUGGGGAGUGUGGGAAGAGCUUCAGAGAGAGCUCCAGCCUGAUCAAGCACCAGAGGAUCCCCACUGGAGAACGGCCCUUCGAGUGCGGGGAGUGUGGACAGAGCUUCAGCCAGCGCUCCCACCUGAUCUCGCACCAGAGGACCCACACUGGGGAGAGGCCCUAUGAGUGUUCCAAGUAUGGGAAGGGGUUUCAGACCAGCUCCCAUCUCGUCCGGCACUAUCAGAGUCACACAGAGGAGAGGCCCUUCCAAUGCCCCAACUGUGGGAAGGGAUUCAGGUGGAACUCCCACCUCGUCAGGCACAGGCACAUCCACACCGCGGAGAGGCCCUACGAGUGUGAUAAAUGCAGGAAGAGGUUUCAGACCAGCCCCAAUCUCCUCCAGCACUAUCGGAUUCACACAGAGGAGAGGCCCUUCCGCUGCCCCGAGUGCGGGAAGGGAUUCAGGCAGAACUCCCACCUCGUCAGGCACCGGCGCAUCCACACCGGGGAGAGGCCCUGCGAGUGUCCCCAGUGCGGCCGGAGAUGGAGCCAGAGCUCGGAGCUGGUGCUCCAUGAGCAGCUCCAUGAUGGGGAGAAGCCUCACAUGUGCGUGGAGUGUGGGAAGAGCUUCAGGCGGAACUGCGACCUGAUCCUGCACCAGAGGAUCCACACUGGGGAACGGCCCUACGAGUGUGAUCAGUGCAGGAAGAGGUUUCAGACCAGCUGUGAUCUCCUCAAGCACCGACGCAUCCAUACUGGGGAGAGGCCCCACGAGUGUGAGGAAUGUGGGAAGAGCUUCAACCAGAGCUCCAACCUGAUCAGGCACCAGAGGACCCACACUGGGGAGCGGCCCCAUCAGUGUGGGGAGUGUGGGAUGAGCUUCAGGGAGAGCUCCACCCUGGUCCAGCACUGGCACAUCCACACAGGGGAACGGCCCUACGAAUGUGGGGAAUGUGGGAAGAGCUUCUCACAGAGCUCCCACCUGAUCCGCCACCAAAAGAUCCACACUGGGGAGAGGCUCUAUGAGUGUGAUAAAUGCAGAAAGAGGUUUCUGACCAGCUCCCAUCUCCUCCAGCACUAUCAGCUCCGUUUGCAGCAGCGCCUGCGGUUCCUGAGCGCCGCCACCAGGGGGCGCCGAGCGGCGCUGGGAGCGCUGCGGGAGCAGGGCUCGCUGCUGUCCCAGGCAGCCAUCUUGCGUCAGCAGCUCCACCAGGGGGCGCUGUGCCUGCGCCCGGGGGCGGGGCCUGCCCUGAAGGCGGAGCCAGAGUCACUGGCCCCACCCCCCCUCGCUGUGGACGUGGCCGAGCUGCUGCCCCGGCUGCGAUUGUGCUGGAGAGCCGCCGCCCAUGCCCUGCAGCCCACGCCCACCCCCGAGGAGGCCCCACCCACCCCUGAAGAGGUCCCGCCCACUGUUUUGAAGGGGGAGGAGUGA